GUGAGUUCUCAUCCCUUCUCUUCAAUCCUCCUAAAUUUCUUCAUAACAAAGAUGAGCACCACCACCUCUCACAUCCGCAAGAACGGAGAUGCAAUUCUGUUGGCCGCCGGUCAUGAUCUCCGGCGACAGACGGUGUGUGUGACUGGUGCCGGCGGGUUCAUCGGGUCAUGGCUUGUGAAACUUCUACUUCUCAAGGGAUACAACGUUAGAGGCACAGUCCGAAACAUAGAGGAUCCGAAGAACUUGCACUUGAAAGGAUUGGAAGGAGCUGAGGAAAGACUGAUAUUGUACAAAGCUGAUGUGUUAGACUAUGAAAGCAUUUGUUUGGCAUUCGACGGUUGUGAUGGCAUCUUCCAUGUUGCUUCUCCGGUGACCAAUGAUCCGGAGAAGGUGAAAGUAGCGGUGGCAGGCACAAUGAAUGCAAUUAAUGCGGCGGCAAAAGCCGGUGUUCGUCGAUUUGUAUUCACUUCUUCAAUUGGAGCUGUUCACAUGAGCCCUAACAGAAGUUCAGACACUGCUUUGGAUGAAAAUUGCUGGAGUGAUCUUGAUUACUGCAAGAAAACAAACAAUUGGUAUUGCUAUGCGAAAAUGGUGGCAGAGCUUGUGGCAGUGGACUUGGCCAAGAAAAGAGGGUUGGAUUUAAUUGUAGUCGUUCCUCCGGUGACAGUGGGACCAAUGUUACAACCCACACUAAAUGCAAGUUGCUUUAGGGUCCUCACCUAUAUGAGAGGGACCAAGAAGGCAUAUCCUAAUGCAGUCAUGGCCCUAGUUGAUGUUAGAGAUGUUGCUCAAGCUCACGUGCUUGUUUAUGAAAACCCUAAUGCUUCAGGUAGAUAUUUUUGUAUAGCGACGGUGAUUCAUCGAGCUCAGUUUGUUGCAAUGCUUUCGGAGAUGUUUCCAGAAUAUCCCAUCACUAACAAGUGUGAAGAUAAGGUAAACCCAAGGGUUAAGCCUUACAAAUUUUCAAACCAAAGACUCCAGGAACUUGGACUAGAGUAUACUCCAAUAAAGAAAAGUCUAUAUGAAACGGUGAAGAGCUUAAAAGAGAUUGGCCACCUCCCUCCUGCCCGCGUCUUCCAUGAGCAACCAAGAAUUACAGCUUCUCUUUAAAAUCAUAUGAUUUAUAUUUUUGAAUGGAUGGAACAAUUAUGUGUGUUCUAUUAAGUUCUUCUUGCUUUAUUGUUGUGUUACUUUUACAUCUUUUACAUCAUAUAUUAAAGUCCUUUUAAAUUUAA